UCAAAUCAAAAACCUUAGCAGUCAACAGUCAGCAGAAUUUGUGUUGUUCUCGCGAAUUGUUCUCAUUUUUCCUUGUAAUUACUAUCAAGAUGCUGGGUUUUGAAAACUUUCCAGAAUACGAAGUCCCCGGUGUGCGCCAGGUUCAAUUCUACCCGUAUGAAUCUAACGGAGGGAGCGUGGUUGCAAUUGCUGGAGAUGAUUUCGCAGUGAUUGGAGCGGACACUCGCUUGAGUUCGGGAUAUUCCAUUCAUACGCGUACGCAGAACAAACUGUUCCGGAUGUCCGAUAGAACAGUACUUGCCUCGACGGGAUGCUGGUGCGAUACUCUUGCUCUGACCAGCUUAGUCAAAGUGCGAAUGCAAAUGUACAAGGAUCAACACCAGAAGAACAUGUCAACUCCAGCAGUGGCUCAAAUGUUGUCUAUUCUGAUGUACAAUCGGCGGUUCUUCCCGUACUACGUGUCCAAUGUCCUUGCCGGGUUGGACGAGGAUGGAAAGGGUGUAAUCUACAGCUACGAUCCUAUCGGGCAUUGUGAAAAGACUACCUACCGUGCAGGUGGCUCGGCCGGACCAUUGCUGCAACCGGUUCUCGAUAACCAGAUCGGAUUGAAAAAUAUGGUCAACGUUGAACCGACUCCAGUGCAGCUGGAUAAGGCCAUCUCCAUUAUUAAGGAUACUUUCAUUUCCGCUACGGAACGGGACAUCUACACGGGAGAUUCGGUUAUAAUCAAUAUCAUUACUAAGGACGGCAUCAAGGAGGAAACCGUCCAGUUGAGGAAGGAUUAAGCAGCGAUGGUAAGAAUGGGAGAUUUGCUUUGAUUUUCAAUUUAUUACACUUAUCCAAUAAAUCUGAUGAAAAGAUGAAA